AUGGGUCACGCCAUGUUAAUGGCUUGUGUAGUCGCCGGAACUUUACUCGGAGUACUUAACAAAGUAGACGGAGUCCAGAUUUUGUCAAAAUCAAAGCUAGAAAAGUGUGAGAAGACAAACGAUUCAGGGAGUCUCAACUGCUCAACUAAAAUCGUCUUGAAUCUCGCUGUUCCCAGUGGAUCUAGCGGAGGAGAGGCUUCGAUUGUAGCGGAAAUCGUCGAAGUGGAAGAUAAUUCGAGUAGCAACAUGCAAACCGUACGUAUCCCGCCAGUUAUCACAGUGAACAAAUCAUCAGCGUAUGCUCUCUAUGACCUAACUUACAUUAGGGAUGUGCCUUAUAAACCUCAAGAGUAUCACGUUACAACACGAAAGUGUGAGCCAGAUGCUGGACCUGAUAUUGUUGGAAUAUGCGAGAGGCAAGUAUCUUUAUUUACCAUAUGUUUCUCUUUCUUGUUGCGUGAUGACAAAGGUAACGUUCUGGAGCAGACUCAGCCUGUUUGUUGUCCAUGCGGACCACAAACAAGAUUGCCUUCAUCUUGUGGAGACAUAUUCGAGAAGUUGAUAAAAGGGAAAGCAAACACAGCGCAUUGCCUUCGUUUCCCUGGUGACUGGUACCACGUUUUCAGCAUUGGACAACGGUCUCUAGGAUUUAGCGUGCGUGUUGUGUUGAAGACAGGAACUAGAGUUUCAGAAGUAAUCAUUGGUCCUGAAAAUAGAACAGCUACUGCAAAUGAUAACUUCCUCAAGGUCAAUCUAAUAGGAGAUUUUGCUGGUUACACAAGUAUUCCUUCUUUCGAGAACUACUUUCUUGCAAUUCCAAGAGAGGCGGCUGUAGAGGGACAACCAGGGAGCUUAGGUGGAAACUACUCAAUGUGGAUGCUGCUUGAGAGAGUGAGAUUUACAUUGGAUGGCAUAGAGUGUGACAAGAUAGGUGUUGGCUAUGAAGCUUACAACAACCAACCAAGUUUCUGCACUGCACCAUAUUGGAGUUGCUUACAUAAUCAACUAUGGAACUUCUACGAGGCAGAUGUGAACCGGGUGAGCCGACACCAAGUUCCUUUAUAUCGACUGGAAGGAAGAUUUGAAAGGAUUAAUCAGCAUCCAAACGCAGGGCCUCACUCUUUCUCCAUAGGAGUCACGGAAACACUCAACACAGAUCUGUUGAUCGAGCUUAGAGCUGAUGAUAUUGAAUACGUUUUCCAGAAGAGCCCUGGUAAGAUCAUAAACAUCGCUAUACCGACUUUCGAGGCACUUGCACAAUUUGGAGUUGCUGCAGUCACAACCAAGAACACCGGUGAAGUAGAAGCCUCUUAUAGCUUAACGUUUGAUUGCUCCAAAGGUGUGGCUUUCGUUGAGGAGCAAUUCUUUAUUAUAAAACCAAAUGAUGUUACAACUCGAUCUUUCAAGCUGUACCCAACGAAGGAUCAGGCUGCAAAGUAUAUAUGCACAGCUAUACUAAAGGAUUCUCAGUUCAGCGAAGUAGACCGAGCCGAAUGUCAAUUCAUCACGACAGCUACCGUACUGGACAAUGGAACUCAGGUUACUAAUCCAUUUCAAAUUCCAGAGACUCUUCCUAAAGGUUUCUUUGAAUCAGUUAGAAUGAUGUGGACGAAAAUCGUGAAUGGUUUAGUCGAUUUCAUUACCGGAGAAACUUGCAGAAACAAAUGCUCGAGUUUCUUCGACUUCAGCUGCCACAUUCAAUACGUUUGCUUAAGCUGGAUGGUUAUGUUCGGCCUCCUCCUCACUCUCAUCCCAACCACUUGUGUCCUUCUCUGGCUCUUGCACCAAAAGGGACUCUUUGAUCCAUUAUACGAUUGGUACGAAGAUCAUUUUGAUUCAGAUCAUCGUAGAUUGUUAUUACAAACCAGAGAAAACGCCUUAAACCACCGCCAUCAUCAUCGUCGUCCUCACCGGCAUCGCCAUGAUGUCAAAACGCAUAGUCACCACCAUCGUCGUAGAGCAAACCGCAGACACAAACAUCAUAAUCAUGGGCAUGAUGACGACGAUGUUUUGCAGAAGAUGCUUAAGCGUGACCACAACGACUCUCACUAUUACCAAAAUCUUCACCGAGUCCACAAAGAUGGCAAGCAUAAGCAGCGUAGGCGAGGAGAGACGCACGGGAUCGUCGUGCCAUCUGAUGUGGACGUGGACAGACGCAGGAGAGUGAGGCUAAGGGAGGAUCAAUUAAAAGAGAUAUCCUCUAUCCUCUAA